UAGACCUUCCUUUUCCGCUGUGCCCAAAUGUGAGAGGAGCUAGGGUAACCUAGACCUCAAAAUAAUCUAAAUCCAUCCUUGAAGAAGGCACCCUUAAACUUCGCCAAAAUGACCGAGCAGAUGACUCUUAGGGGGACCCUGAAGGGACACAAUGGUUGGGUCACACAGAUCGCCACAACUCCUCAGUUUCCCGAUAUGAUUCUGUCUGCAUCCCGAGACAAGUCUAUCAUCAUGUGGAAGCUGACCCGUGACGAGACCAACUAUGGCAUCCCCCAGCGCGCCCUCAAGGGCCAUUCUCACUUCGUGAGUGAUGUGGUCAUCUCCUCCGACGGGCAGUUUGCCCUGUCUGGGUCCUGGGAUGGGACCCUUCGCCUGUGGGACCUCACCACCGGCACCACCACCCGCCGCUUCGUGGGCCACACCAAGGACGUCCUCAGCGUGGCCUUCUCUGCCGACAACCGCCAGAUCGUGUCUGGCUCUCGGGACAAGACCAUCAAGCUGUGGAACACCCUGGGUGUCUGCAAGUACACCAUCCAGGACGAGAGCCACUCUGAGUGGGUGUCCUGCGUGCGCUUCUCCCCCAACAGCAGCAACCCCAUCAUUGUGUCCUGUGGCUGGGACAAGAUGGUCAAGGUGUGGAACCUUGCCAACUGCAAGCUGAAGACCAACCACAUCGGCCACACAGGCUUCCUGAACACGGUGACCGUCUCUCCUGACGGCUCCCUGUGCGCCUCCGGAGGAAAGGACGGCCAGGCCAUGCUGUGGGACCUGAACGAGGGCAAGCAUCUGUACACCCUGGACAGUGGUGACAACAUCAACGCUCUGUGCUUCAGCCCCAACCGCUACUGGCUCUGUGCCGCCACCGGACCUAGCAUCAAGAUCUGGGAUCUGGAGGGGAAGAUCAUCGUGGAUGAGCUCAGACAGGAAGUGAUCAGCUCCAACAGCAAGGCCGAGCCCCCACAGUGCACCUCUCUGGCCUGGUCUGCUGAUGGACAGACCCUGUUUGCUGGCUAUACUGACAACCUGAUCAGAGUGUGGCAGGUCACCAUCGGAACCCGAUAAGAACUUUUCUCAGAAAUGAAUAAAAAAAGACAGUUUUAAAGGAA